CUUGAAGAAUUAUGUGACCAAAUACCAAGGACAAAAGUUGGGAUAUUUGGAGCCCCAUGUGUUCGCCUUAGCAGAAGCUGCGUACGCUUCUCUUCAAAGCGACAUUCCCGGAAGCGACAACAUGAACCAAAGUUUAGUAAUAAGUGGAGAAAGUGGGGCCGGGAAAACCGAAAAUACACGUUUCAUUCUUCAAUAUCUGUGUUCGGUAACAAGUGGCGUUUCAGCUUGGGUGGAACAGCAAAUAUUGGAAGCCAACACCAUUUUGGAAGCUUUUGGAAAUGCGAAAACUGUUCGAAAUGAUAACUCCAGUCGAUUUGGCAAAUUCAUGCAAGUUUGUUUCGAUUCCCGAUGGAUGAUUGCAGGGUGUAUUGUGCAAGAUUAUUUGUUAGAACAAUCUAGAAUAACCUUUCAAGGUCCUGGUGAAAGAAACUAUCACGUCUUUUAUCAUUUAGUUGAGGGCGCAAAGCACAAUAAAGAGUUCCAAAAUCAGUUACAUUUGAAGGAUGCCGGGUUUUAUAAAUAUUUAAAUCAAUCUAGUUGCGAAAAGAUCGAAGGCGAAUCUAAAAAGUUGGACAGCCUUCGUUUAGCGUUUAACGUCUUGCAGAUUCCUUCUUCUAUGUCUUUUGGAAUAUUUCAAACUCUUUCUGCAAUUCUGUGGCUGGGAAAUUUAGAAUUUCAAGAUAUUGACGGCGAAAAAUGUCAAUUAACUAACGAAGACAAAGAAAUUCUCAGUGUUGUGGCCAGUUUGUUAGGAAUGGACGUAAUAGAUCUCACGCAAGUGGUUCUCAGGAGACAAAUAAACGUAAGAGGAAACAUCACGGAAAUACCAUUGAAAUUACAGGAAGCGAGAGAAAAUAGACACGCAAUGGCGAAAGCUCUGUAUUCUCGAACUUUUGCCUGGCUCAUUAACAAUAUCAACACUUGCACAAAUCCUGGACAGGAUUCCACGCGCUUCCUUGGUGUCCUCGAUAUUUUCGGCUUCGAAAAUUUUGCCGUUAACUCUUUCGAACAACUCUGCAUCAAUUACACCAACGAAAAAUUACACAAAUUUUUUAAUCACUACGUCUUUGCCUUGGAACAAGAAAUUGUAAGUAAAAGAACCUCGUCCACAAGCAUACUCCCCAAAAGCUACAAUUCCCAUUUGAUGAAAUCCUUCGAUUUUUUUCCUUUCAAUUCAUAGCUAAUUAAAAAUUGAAGUAAAGCUAUCAAAAUUAACCGCAAUUACUGCAAGUUAUUAUAAAGCUUAAAAUUGGAUUGAUAUUUUCUUUUGUAACAAGGAUACAACUCCUUUUUGCAGCAAAAAAACA